AUGCCCGAACGGCAUAAUAUUCUCCAGAACAAUGCAGCUCCAAGCGAUGCCUCAGCCUCUGCUUCUUCUGUGUUGCCAACGGCGGAAUCGAUAUUUACUCGAUCGGGUAAGUUGAGGGGCAAAGCGAGUCGUUCCGUUCCGCGCCUGCGCGUUGUUCUGGCUGCCUUAGCCUCCGUCGUAUCAAUUGCAUUUCUCGUGGUUUUUUGUUCGCGUUUUUACGAGAGACAUGCACUCCACGACCGCCGAAGCCGCAGACUGGCUAGCUCAGGAGACAGUGAUGAGGAAAUUGAUGUCUGCGGGUUGGCUGGUGACGAAGAGGAGGAAAAACAGAAACAGAGUCCGCAUCUGCCCAACUUGCCUGCUGGAGAUGUCGGGCAGCUUCCCCUUAAAAAGCGAUUGUUGGUAAGAGUGGCUGAAGGCGGUACCGGUGCUGAUGACAGCAAUCCCCAACAGCAAGAGCAGCAGCAGCAACAGCAGCAGCAGCAACAGCAUGAAGCCCUUGAAGCUGCGUCCGCUUUAUUCCCAUAA